CCUAAAAGAAAAGAGAAAAAACCAACGCCACCCAAUAAUUAUUGCCAUCUUCAAUCUUUUUACAGAACCCGAAACAAAAAUACAAAAACCCUAACAAAAUUUCUUCACAAUCUUCCCAAAUUUUACCCUCACAAUUCCGAUUAAUUCCCUCCAACUCCUUUUCCUUUUCCCUCCCAUGAACUUCCCCUUUCACAAACCCUAAAACCCCAAAAAAUCCCCAAUUCACACAAUGUCGGAGCAGCCAAUAAUCACUCACGUCUCCGAUACAAGUCCAUUGAACCGGCCGACGAGCUCCCGAUCCGUGACAGAAACUGUAAACGGUUCGCACCGGUUCGUGAUCCAGGGGUAUUCGUUGGCGAAAGGAAUGGGAGUGGGAAAACACAUCGCAAGUGAUAAUUUCACCGUCGGAGGUCAUCAGUGGGCGAUUUACUUCUAUCCGGAUGGGAAAAAUCCCGAGGAUACUUCGACGUACGUGUCGGUUUUUAUUGCGCUUGCAAGUGAAGGAACGGAUGUUAGGGCUUUGUUUGAGUUGACGCUUGUUGAUCAGAGUGGUAAAGGGAAGCAUAAGGUUCAUAGUCAUUUUGAUCGGUCGCUUGAGAGUGGGCCUUAUACAUUGAAAUACCGCGGCAGCAUGUGGGGCUACAAACGUUUCUUUAGACGAGCGAUGCUUGAAACUUCAGAUUUUCUCAAGGAUGACUGUUUGAAAAUCAAUUGCACUGUUGGAGUUGUUCGAUCUACGAUUGACUGUUCGAGCUUACAUCCAAUCCAGGUUCCAGAUUCUGAUAUUGGAUCACACUUUGGCAUGCUAUUGGAAAAUAUGGAAGGCUCUGAUGUUGUUUUCAGUGUGGCUGAUGAAAAAUUUCAUGCCCAUAAGCUGGUAUUGGCUGCUCGUUCUUCUGUAUUCCGCACUGAAUUUUUUGAUGAACUGGAGGGUGAUAAGCAGGAGAUUGUUGUCGCCGAUAUGGAACCCACUGUCUUCAAAGCUAUGUUGCACUUCAUAUACAGAGAUUCUCUUGUAGAAGAAGAGUUAGAAGAUACUAGUUCUUCUUCUAUUCCUUCUGUGACUGAUACAUUGACAGCAAAACUGCUAGCAGCAGCCGAUCGGUAUGAUUUAACAAGACUCAGGCGGGUGUGUGAAUCUCAUCUUUGCAAAGAUAUUUCCGUGAACUCUGUUUCCAGAACUCUUGCUUUAGCUGAUUGUUACCAUGCCACAGAACUCAAAGCAGUCUGCCUUAGAUUUGCUGCUGAAAAUCUUGCAGCUGUCAUGCAAUCGGAUGGAUUUGAAUACCUUAAAGAAAACUGCCCCUCUCUUCAGUCAGAGCUUCUUAAAACCGUUGCUGGUUGUGAUGAUGAUUGUAGCAGUGGAGGUGGAAAGUCUAGAAGCGUUUGGGCCCAGCUUUCAGACGGUGGUGAUACCAAUGGCAGGAGGGUAAGGCAACGGACCUGAUUUUAGGUAGAAAACCCCGAUGUUGUUCUGUAUAUUGGAGGACAGUGUUUGAAAAUGUUGAUAGGAAGGUAAAAUUGUACCAUAGUUUCUGAAAUAUCGAUGAUUAGUCUGUUUGUAAUACCAGUAUCCUGGAAGUUGCUGCGUACUGAGUUUUUUUACCUUCAAACUGACACCAAGUUGGGUUGUCAGUAGGCUAUUCAGGGUAAGACUUGAUCCCAGAAAGCCAUUACCUUUGCUUUUGCCAAUAUAACCUUGUAACUUUCCCCUAAUCGGAGGAUACUGUUGUUUGUAAUUCACACGUGCUGCUCUGUAGAAAAAGGAUGCUGUCUUUUGAAUUUUUAUUGCAUAUUGUCUAAGCUGGCAACGGACCGUUGCUCGGGAAUUUUGUAAAACUCUUUCAUAGUUUGAAAAUUUUACUGGUUGUGUUCUUUACAUUCAUUGUAAAGACAGGAGUGGUUGAUAUAGGGAGAAAUGCUUUGCUUUUUCUGUUGA